CUCCUCUUUCUCCAGAUGACACCAACUAAAGCAGGAGGAGCUUGGAGGAUCUAACUGGCAGCUGUUUCCAGAUCAGCUGGCGCCUGGUAAUUCCCCAAAGCUGGCUAUCUUGAGAUCCAGGAGGUGCACCAAAUUGCCGGAAGGUACCCCCUCGGCCUUGGCACAUGGAACCAUGGACGUCAAAAGGAAGACCAACCAUACAUAUGCCAUCUCAGAGAGUCCCAAUCUGGCCAAUCUGGAGCCUGGGGAUUUGAUCGAAAUUUUCCGCUUUGGUUACCAGCAUUGGGCCAUCUAUGUGGGAAACGGCUACGUGAUUCAUCUGGCUCCGCCAACUGAGUUUGCUGGGGCGGGUUGUGCCAGUCUGAUGUCCACCCUAACGGACAAAGCCUUGGUGAAGAAGGAGCUCCUGAGAGACGUGGUUGGCAAGAACCGGUACCGGGUCAACAACAAGCAUGACGCCAAGUAUCCCCCGUUGCCCUUGGCCAAGAUUGUCCACAGGGCCGAGGAAAGAGUGGGCCAGGAGCUGGAGUACAAAGUCACCAGUGAAAACUGUGAACACUUUGUCAAUGAGUUGCGCUAUGGAGUAGCCAAGAGUGACCAAGUCCGAGAUGCCCUUGUAGGGGUUGGCAUUGCGGGUCUGGGCUUGGCUGCCCUCGGACUCUUUGGUGCCGCCGUGGUGAAGAAGAAGAAGAACCAACAGAACCAGUAGCAGAACCAAUAACAGAGACUCUGAGAAAUUGUGCUCCCAUGACUUUUUCUCCUGUUUCUUUUUUUUAAAACAAUGAAAUAAUGACUUCUUAAAAUGAGUUGCGACUGUUUGGGGCCACACUCCAAAGCUCCCUAGAGAUCUCUAAACUGCCUGUUUUGAGGACAACAUUGGUUCCUUGGGUCUGAGGUACCAGUAAGUGUUCACGGUCCUCAUGGAGUGGAUGGGAUGAGACAUGUGUUUUAAUGCUACUGUGGUUUGGACAGUGACUGGGAUCAUUUCCAGCAAGCCAUCUGUAGAUUAAGCUGAGAGAAGAGCCUAAAGGUUAUCUUGUAAACUCAGAUUUUUUGUGGGUUUUUCAGGCUAUGUGGCCAUGUUCUAGAAGGGUUUAUUCCUGACGUUUCGUCAGCAUCUGUGGUGUUGGCAUCUUCAGAGAAUGCUGGCAUGGAAAAUAUAUAGACCCCACU